AAUUCAAAUCGAGUAAAAAUCAGAUGGACGGAUGGGCCCGCGUGUGCCUAGAAAAUUUUCGCUCGUGGUUCAAAAUUUUCAGCAUCCCGCCCGUCUCCCCUCUUCUGUUUGGCUCUCUUCCCUUUCCCUAUAGAUCCCCCACCACCACAGACCGAACUACCCAAAAACCUAGAGAUUUCCCCAAAGAUUUAUCACUCGAUUAGAUGUGGUAGCCGCAUCAGGUGUUACAAGCUCCCGGAUUGGAUUACAAACCGAGCAGCAUCUGGCGAAAGCGCUAGGAUCAGUGGUCGGAACUGGAGCAGGGUCCAGACGAGGCAACUCCGAGAUGCCUGAGUUCAAGGACGACAAGAGGGCGCUUCCCAACAUCUCUGGUGGAGGUGGAAGCGGAGGGUUCUUUAUCAGGAGGGUGGCGUCGCCGGGCGCCCUGGCGGUGAGGGGCGCUGCCGGGAAGCAGCUGGCGCGGCGGUUCAUAUCGCCCUCGAACAACAAGGAGAACCUGCCCCCGGUUUGGGCCGUGAGGGCCACGCCGCCGAAGAGGAGGAGCCCGCUUCCUGGAUGGUACCCCAGGACGCCGCUCCGUGACAUCACGGCGAUAGCAAAGGCUAUUCAGAGAAGCCGUUUAAGGAUUGCUGCAGCUCAGCAGCAAAGCCAAAGGCCUGAGCAGUCUCCGCAAUCUGUGAACGUGACUACUCCAGCACAAGCAGAGCAGGACAAUCCUCAUAGCACUGAAGCUUCCCUGACUGUUGCCUCUGGUUCAGGUUCAAAUGAAAGAGAAACUGUUGCAAGCCCUGAAACUAUCUUGGCUGAUGACAAUCUGAAGGUGUGUUCCCCGCCAGCGGGAAGCUCAUUGAAGACUCCAUUCAAACCAAUCGAUCCAGCCCUUGCUGAUAUAGUCGAGAAAAAACUGUCCAGCUCAAUAGAUCAGAUAGAGAAGAUGGUGAAAAAAAACAUGAAGCGAACACCAAAGGCUGCUCAGCCUUCCAAGAGGGCCAUCCAGAGGCGCAAUCUCAUGUCCAUGCGAUGAGUUGACUACUCUACUUCACAGUGGGGAGAGGAGAAAGUCCACCUCAGACUUGUCAUCCUUCCCUUUGUCUGCUGCUUUCUUAGCCGCUAGCCCAACCUGCCAAUAAUGUGCCAAUGCUGCUCUUCUUCCAACAUUUGCCAUGGCAUGAUGCCCAGCGGCAUUCCUGGUUCUCUUCUUGAGGACCAAAAUAUGCAGCUUAUUGGUUCUCUGCUUGAUGGUCUAGGAUUUGCAACUUAUAGUGUGAGGUGUGAUGUGGUUCAUGCUACUGUUGUAGAAGUAUGCAAACCUUUUUGUGUAUCCCAGUCGGAGACCGAACAAAUGAAAUCUUAAAAUUUCUUUUGUGAUGCAAUAUUACCAUAAACCACUAGUGCAUGAAUGUUUUCUGUUUUGCGUAUAAUGAAUACUGGUACCUGUGGCAGCUUGUAUAAGAUUUGAUUACUUAGGUGAUACAAGAAAGAUUGCAUAGUACC